AUGAGUGCCCCACCCUCUCUCGGCCGCGCGCUCAUCAGCGGCGGCGCCGUCAUCGCCCUUGGCUACGGCAUCAUGAAGGUGACGACGCCGUCGGACGAGCAGUUCUACAACAAGCUCUCGCCCGAGCUCAAGAAGAAGGUCGAUGCGCAGCGCGAUGCCACGCGCCGCAAGGCCGCCUACGCCGAGCAGAUUGCGCGCGCACGGACGCAGGACGACUCGCAGGCGGUGUGGUCAGAAGGCCUGCGCGCCAAGGAUUCGGCGCCGCCGCCGGCGAUGAACACGCCGGCCGGCUCGCGGUAG